AUGGCGACCGCAGCAACCCCCGAGUCUUCGCUCCUUUCCCUCCUUUACCGCUCCUACCCGGCCGCCAUUUCCCCCGAUGCCACCGAGCUCGAUUAUAUCCAUGCCUCGCCCAAGAUCUUCCCUAAGGUGAUCUUUGGCGAGACCGAGACUGCCGACGUCAAGCAGUGGCUGCACACCGUCUCGGGCCUCUCAACUGCCCUCUCCAAGGAUGACAAGCCCGUUGUUGAGAGCAUUCUAGUUCAGCUGAACACCCACCUCUCUACGCGCACCACUCUGCUCGGUGCGAAGCCCUCGGUCGCCGACAUUGCCGUGUACGCUCUGGUCGCUCCCCUUGUCGAAAAGUGGUCGCCUGAGGAGCGCACCGGUGAGAAGGGAUACCACCACAUUGUGCGCCACGUCGACUUUGUUCAGAAUUCGCGCGUCUUUUCUUUGCAGAUCCCCGACGAGGAGAAGGUGAACAUUGACGUGAACGACGUCAAGUUCGUGCCCAAGCCCGUCGACCCCAAGGAGGAGAAGGAGCGCAAGAAGCGCGAGAAGGCUGCUCAGAACCCCGAGGCCGCUUCCGCCGCCGCCGAGAAGCCUCUCGUUGUUGGCCAGGGCAAGCCCCAGGAGAACGCCGAGGGUGCUGACGCCGCCGCCGGUGCUCUCAAGACCCAGAAGAAGGAAAAGAAGGAAAAGAAGCCCAAGGCACCCAAGCCCGCGCCUGCUCCCGCCGCCCCUCUCUCCCCCUCCCUCAUUGACCUUCGCGUUGGCCACAUCCUGCGCGCCAUCAACCACCCCAAUGCCGACUCCCUCUACGUCUCCACCAUCGACUGUGGUGAUGCCCCGGGUAGCGACAACACCUCUCUGGAUGAGGAAACUGGCAAGACCGUCCGCACCGUAUGCUCCGGUCUGAACGGCCUGGUGCCUCUGGCCGAGAUGCAGGGCCGCAAGAUCGUGGCAGUCUGCAACCUGAAGCCCGUGACCAUGCGCGGCAUCAAGUCCGCCGCCAUGGUUCUGGCCGCAUCCCCCAAGAACGACGACUCGCACGCCGGCCCCGUCGAGCUUGUCAACCCUCCCGCUGACGCCCCUGCCGGCGAGCGUAUUACCUUCCAGGGCUGGUCCGAGGGCGAGCCGGAGAAGCAGCUCAACCCCAAGAAGAAGGUCUGGGAGACUUUCCAGCCUGGAUUCACCACUACCCAGGACCUUGAGGUCGCCUUUGACAGCAGCGCUGUCCCUGUUGCGAAGGAGCAGGAGGGCAAGCCCGCCAUUGGCAAGCUGGUUACUGCCUCUGGAGUCGUGUGUACUGUCAAGUCCCUGAAGGACGCCACCGUGCGGUAA